UCAAUCUGGAGCGUCAGAUGGUGGGGCUGGCGACCGCGCAAGGUGAACCGCGUUUCUCUUUUGUCCGUCUUUUUACUGCACUGUCUGUCCUACCGACAAUAUCUACAGUAUAUGACCGGGAUUCUCUAUGUGUAAGUGAACAAUGUUACAUGUCCAACAAGGGACAAUCAGCCGUUAUGAAAUCCGGGCGAGUGAGGAUGCACAGUGCUGCUGAGAAGGAUACUAGGACUGUGUUCAGCACCACCGAUUUUGGACAUAACUGAAAUUCUCAUAUUCGUAGCAUGCCUCCUAUGAGAGAGCUUUAAGUAGGGAACAUAACGGCGGACUGCUUUGAAUUCAACAUUGUCCAUAGCAUUUCUGUGUGAAAAGUAAAGGACGCGCGCUGUUUAGUUCAGUUGCAGACUGGGACCCGAACAACCCGACCGUGGAGGGAGGAGCGAUGAGAAGAACCCCAUCGGCUUAAAGAACACUGGCUUGCUUUGUUUCUCAGCAAAGGACCCUUUCAGAAAUUGCCUGACACAGUUCAUUUCUUCAAGUGGCCACUGUGUUCAGGAUAGGAUACUAUUCUGCCUAGUGCCCACUGGCACUUUAUUCUGGACCAUGUUUGAUUGGAUUUUUUUUGUAGAACAUUUUCAGAGGCUUUAAUUCUAGUUUAUGGUUUAUCCCUGGACUGCUCAGACGUAUAAUAACCAGAUAGUAGGUCUAAUUCUGCUAAUUAAGAGCUGACCGACUUUCAGAAUUUUGAACAGCUGGACCCGUAUGACUAAUUCAAAGUUCUCCACUAUUUGUUGAGACAUAAUAUAUAUUAUCAAAUUGUUUGGCCAAUCAUAAUUGUCUUCAUCUAUUUGUGCCUGAAACGCACGCCGCUGUGCAGUGUGGUCGCGUCAUUGGAACUGCCCGGGCGACCAGCGGAGAGAUUCGGGGAUUUGGGAGUUACAGCGACCCACGUGGAGCGGAGAUCCAAAGUGGACAGUACACAAUGGGUUGUUGCAGUGGCCGAUGCACCCUGGCCUUUAUCUGUGGCAUGCAAUUGAUCAGCAUAUUGGAACGACAAAUAUUUGACUUCCUUGGGUACCAAUGGGCUCCUAUCCUCACAAACUUUGUGCACAUCAUCAUAGUCAUCUUGGGGCUCUUUGGGACUGUACAAUUCAGACCAAGAUACGUAACUGGGUAUGCAGUGUGGCUGGUGCUCUGGGUGACCUGGAAUGUCUUCAUCAUCUGUUUCUACCUGGAAGUGGGGGACCUCUCCAAGGACAGUGACCUGAUCAUGACCUUCAACAUGUCCAUGCACCGGUCCUGGUGGAUGGAGAACGGUCCAGGCUGCAGGGUGACCCCGGUCACCCCUCCUCCGUCCUGGGCCCCGGAGGACCACCGCUACAUCAGCAUCGCAGGCUGUCUGCUGGAGUACCAGUAUGUGGAGGUGGCCCACAGCUCCCUGCAGAUCCUCCUGGCUCUUGUUGGGUUCAUCUAUGCCUGUUAUGUGGUGAAGCUAAUCUCGGAAGAGGAAGACAGCUUUGAUUUUAUAGGAGGGUUCGACUCCUACGGUUAUCAAGGGCCUCAGAAGACAUCCCAUUUGCAACUACAACCUAUGUAUAUGGCAAAGUAACGAAGGACAGCUGCCUUAUGUACCAAUCAAAUAGAGAGCUACCGUUUUAACUUUUUGUUUCAUUUCGUAAAUGUCUUAAAAUAAUACAGUGUCUUACAAACUGUGUGGAGGAAGUGAGACUCUACACUUUAACCUCAAAGACUCAUUAAAAACACUGGAUUUCCUUUGUCUCUCUGCUCAGCCUCUGCUCAGUGGAGUCACAGUCUUGGCCUGGACGAGGGGCCAGGCAGGGGCAAGAACACCCUCCUAUGGCUGUGUUGACCUUACAGGAUGCAUAUCUCUCCUCCAUACUGGUUCUUGCUCUCUUUCUGACAGCUGAAUGACUGAAAUAUUAAGGGGGGAAAAUUGCUUUGAUUUCUCUGGACAGAGUUCAAAUGGAUCAAGAUUCCGGACAAAGGGAAUGCCAAGUUCUGAGAGCACUAGUUAAGUGAUGUCGCAGAGUUUCAAUGUGUUCUGAUUAACUUGAUUAGAAAUACUCUUCACUUAAACAAUGUUCAAUAACUGAUCGAUAUGGUUUCAGUCAUCAGAAGUAGUCCUAUUGCCCAUUCUAAAGAGUUGAAUAGAAAUAAAUGUACAUGUGAACCAUGAUGUGUUUACAAUACACUUUGGCUGUUGGAAUUCCGUCUUGAGUUGGGCAAUUGCAUGGGACAAAACUUUGAAAUGGAAAAAGCAACCAGUUGCUUUUUCUUAUGAUGGAUGUAUUUGUCUUGAAAGUGCCAAGAACAAUAGUUAAAGAUGAGUUAGACAAAAUAUUGGAUGCUAUCUAGAGAUACAUAUUUUUGGAGCUAGUCUCGGGGACAUAAGUUCAAAAGUUACUUUGGGGAUAACACCAUAUUUGUUUGCAUGAGGUGUCAACAUCUGUUGAAUAUUUAAUCUCUGAAAGCACUGGAUAUUAUCCCAGACUAGGUAGAGGUAACAGUUGGCCUUUCUGCAGCUGUCUUUGCGCUGUAAGGUUGUGUGAAAUUUGUGCUUUUCUAAGACAGAGUGGAGUCUUGAGUCUAAUGAUAAAGAGAAAACUAAAUGUAACUUCUUUAAAUUCUAGGCAUUUUUUAACAUGUGUGACAGUGUUUACUCUUUUAUAGUUCACUAAUAAGUUAUUAUGUUGUGUAUAAGUGGGCCUUUCUUUUACUCCUAACUGUACAAAGUGUCAAGGGAAACCUUGGGAACAAUAUCUUGCUGAUAGUCUGGUGUGAGGACUAGAAGGAGAUGUGUGGUAGAGUUUGUGCUGUGGCUGAAACGUUGUGGUUUUGUCUAUUGGACAGCGCGGGAACCCCGAACCAAACAGGACCGCCUCAGUUCUGUCAUUAUCGUCAUAGCAUCGUCAUACUGUAACUCUUCUACUGAAUGAUAGCCCUGUGAGCAUUUUUUUGUAUAUCUCCCCGCUAAAUCCUUCAGCUUUGUAGACCAGAACUCCAUAUCAUAGGACCUCUCUAUGUUUUCUAUUUCAGUGGUGUGAAUCUGUUGGCUCUUUUGUAAAUUAAUGUAACACUAACAGGCCUUCCAAGAUCUAGAAUAUUCAAAUGGAACCUCGAGAUGCAUAAAAUGCUCUUCUAAACUCAGCAAGUUUUCCUUGCAACAUUUCUAUACACUUUACGAACACUCAGCACCAGUUGAAUAUGUCCCGUAUCAGUGAACUUUGGCAAAAAAAAGCGUAAUUAAACUGUUGCCAGCAGCACAGUUACAGUCACCAACGCUCUAGAUAACAUGAAAACAGCAUAACCAGCUCUGCUAGGGGGAGUAAAAUUGUCAGAGUGAGGUGUUAUCUUAUUUGUCUGGAAGUAGCUAGCAAGCUAGCCAACAUUAGUCUAGUUCGCUUGGGUGAUUGACUGACGUUCUGAGGUCAAAACACUCGGAUCAAACCGACUCAUCGGCCAGAGCGUCCAGUGUGCGCUCUGAACGCUCCAAGAGCGUACCUCUCUUAAUUUACGAACGUACAAUCUGACAACGCCCUGAGCGCACUCUGAUUCCUAAGCAUUACCAUCUUCAUAACAUUUGUGUCUGGGACAGUAUAUUGGUAUUCAACUGUGUAAAAGCUAUAUGAUCGCUAGUAUGCUUCCUUGCAUAGUAAAUCCAAGAUUACACCUAUUGAAGAGUCAGUUGUGUUUUAUCAGUGAGUUGUUCUAAUGUGAGUGGCUGGCAAAGGAGGCUGGUGGGAGGAGCCAUAGGAGGACAGGCUCAUUGUAGUUGCUGGAAUGGAAUGGUAUCAAACACAUCACACAUAUGGAAAUCAUCAGUUCCAUUAACUCCAUUCCAUCCAUUACAAUGAGCCUGCUGUCCUAUAGCUCCUCCCACCUGCAUCCUCUGGGGGAUAGUGGAUGUAUACACCGGUUACUGUCACCCUGUGUCAGAUAACCCAGUCUGAAAUGUUGAAGACCAACAUAACUUACUGCUGCAAUCUUACAUGACCCCUUCAUUCACAGAGAGGAUUCAACGUUGUAAAUAUAGCAUAACAUUUUCGACCCAGAUAAAGUUUUUGACAAUAUGUUAUGUAAGAUCUGAAUUAAAAAUAAAAUAAUUUGAUUGUAUAUGGCAUUACAGUAUCAUAAGUUCCUAUACAUUCAAAGGGAGCUGUGUAUAAUACUGUUGCAGGUACUCAAUUGCUCAUUGUAGUACAUUCCUGAAUACUCCAUUGGUUGUUUUGUUUGGGUUCAGCGCUGACUUCUACUUCUCAAUAGAUUUAGCAAUUUUCUAUUUAUGUUACUUUUCAAAAUGACUGUAAAUAUAAUAAAAUCAAACUGUGGAAAAGGCC